AUGGGAUUGUCUCUGCGAGCAAACCAACAACAUGCUAACGUAGGUUACCUACCUUUCUGUUACAGCACCCGUCUAACUCAAAAAACUGAGAACAGAUGCUACAAUAACUGCCCCAACGAUGGCAGCCGCACCGGCAUCCAGCAGCAAAGAAUCUCUUACUGCAACGCUGCAGGCCAGCUCUCGUCUAGCACCACGCGUCCAGCUACAAAGACCGCGACUGCGACAUCGUCUGAUACCGAUGCUUCAUCGACGAGCGAUGGAGCUGCUGCGUCGGCGACGGCGGACGAUGCGGCGUCGAGACUGGAGAUUGGACUGGGGGCAGGGUUUGGGGUUGGACUGGCUCUUUUGGGUGGGUUGGUGUAG